UGUUCCAAGACGCUUUAGCCGAUCAGAUCAAGUCUUCCAGUUAGGCGACGAGUAAAGCACGUCUUUUUGCUUCAGAGUUUAAAUUCUUCACCGAGUAUGCCUGAUUAUCAAGCAGAAAAAGGUAACCAAACGAUUUUUGAUCUCUUUUGGAGGUUUGUGUAGCAAUUACAGUGAUUACGGUUACGGUUUAGCUUCAUGUGUCUUAUUUAGCAUCGAUCUCGUUACAGACAAAGCGAAGCGGUUUCUCGCAGAGUUUUACCUCGACGGAGACGGCGGAAAACACUUCAAAUACGGAGAACAGCUUGUGAGUAGAAAUCUGUGGAUAACUUGGCCUUGAGUUGUUCGAAAUUUAUUGCCUUUCUUGUCCACGCAACGAACAAGAAAUAGAUUUAUGGUCGAGUAAGUUGAUUUUAGAAUAUCCUGUUUAGUUCCACUAAUUAAGUUUCUUAAUAAUGUUCUCUUUCAAGGUUAAAAUUGCCCAUCGCGAACAGGUAGAACUCUUGAUCGAGCUUGAUGAUAUCGCCGAGGUAAGGCACUUCGUUUGAUCGAUGUUGCUAGAGUGACUUUGAUCCGAAUCCUAAUUAAUCAGGUUAGCUUUUGAGAAUAUUUUUUUGACUGCAUGCGAUAGAACAUUUAUCAGUAGGUUAUUUGCAAUGGUCAAAUACGAUUCCGCUCCUAUUUUACUCGUCCAGAAUUUUAGAUAGUUCGUGUAAAUCCGUCGCAAUAGUAAUCGUGUGCAUAACGAAGCGUUGAAAAAAGCUAGGAGGGCUCGAGGUGUACACAGCCUAUUCUAUGGUCAUGCAAAAUAUGACAUAAAAAUUUCAAGUUAAUUUUUGGUGAUCGAGCUAGCGGAUGUGAAAGCCUUUACUUCUAGGAGUUAACUCCAUGCCACAAGACUGAGUUGACCUUUAUUUCAGUAUUGGCCUCGUACUGGUUAUACAAGUGUUAGUAGAAUGAAGAGAAAUUCAGGAAGUAACGUUAUUUACAACAUUUUUUUUUGGUUGUGCUACACUUAGAUUGAUCCUGAGUUGUCAGAAAACAUUGUGGAAAAUGCACGUCGUUACAAACAGUUGUUUGAGGAUGCUGUGUUUGAAAUGUUGCCAGACUACAAGGAGAGAGAGGUACAGUGUAAGACAGGUGUUCAGAAAUGUCGCUGAGGUCACAUUGUCAGCAUUAUUGGGGAAGAAGUUGUUGAGCCAAAGCUGAAAACUACUAAUAUAGUCAUGUACAUUUACAUGUUGUAUUUUCACAAAUAAGUUAAAAGAAUGAGCAUCAAUGUACAUCCCCUAGCAACAAGCAUAUUAGGGAAAAUAAGUUUGAAAUAGCUGUGAUCACCACACUGUACCUACAUGUAGGUAGAAAUAACACCAAAUUAAAUAAACCAAAAAGGAACAAGAAUCACAAAAUAUAAUGAUGAUUUUCAAAUGACAAAUUUAAAUAACUUAGACACAAUUUUCUUGAUGAACAGUACACAGUGCAGUUCUGUGAACAGUUUUAUGACAAUUGACAUAAUUUUGUGUCUUACAAGGUUCAAGUGAAAGAUGCCUUAGAUGUGUACAUUGAACAUCGCCUUCUGUUGGAGCAGCGGAACAGAAAUGAUACAGAGGCAAGAGACCCAAGGAACAAAUAUCCACCAGAGCUUCUUAGGAGAUAGUAAGUCUAUAUCAGGGGAGAGGGUGGGGUGGAUCUAGGCAGGAAGUUUUGACGGGGGACCCAAACUUUGGUUUGGAAAACAAGCAAAAUACUUCUCUUUACCUGUGUUUUAACCUCCUAAAACCUAAGAGUGACCAGCAUCUUGUUUCUCCCAACAGUACUACUACGGAAUCAUUCAUUAGGAUCAUGAGGAUAUGAAGGCAAUUAUUGCCAACCUGAGAAGCUUUGAUUGUUAAAUGAAUUCUCCUUGACAGUACAAAAGGAAACUUGUGGAAAAAAGCACAGAGAAUAUAGAUACUGAUGCUAGGGUGUAAAUGAUUGAGAGUCUUUUUCUCUGUAGGGUUUCAUUAUGUUGAAAUUGAAUUACCUUGGAUAAAUGUUUCCAGAUUGUCACACUUUUUAUUGACCUUUUUAUUUUCCUUUUUGUUAAUUUUUGUUUCUAGUGAGGUGUAUUUUAAGCACCUAAGCACACACAAGGCCAGUGCUGUGCGUGAAGUGAAAGCUGACAACAUUGGUAAACUUGUUGUGGUGCGGGGAAUUGUCACAAGGUGUACAGAAGUAAAACCAGUUGUUGAAGUAGCAACAUACACUUGUGAUCAAUGUGGUGCGGAGUCUUAUCAGCCAGUAUGUACACUGUUUGCUUUAUUUUGAUCUCAAACAUGAUUGAAAAUUUUAAGGAGAGUUUUUAAGAUAUCUCGUGUCUGCUCUCACGUGGCUGAGAUGUUGAAUGCUGAUUUCAUUUUUCCAGAUUUCAUCGCAGACAUUUAUGCCACUUCUGAUGUGCCCAAGUGAGGAGUGCAAGGUUAACAAGUAAGUUCUGACAUUUGACCUCCAACCUUUACAUCACUACAAAUUUAUUUAGUAUUAUUAUUAUUAUUUUCUAAAUUAUUUAUUUUCUUGGCUGUUGUCGAGUACAAUUAACUCAGGGAUUAAAAAAUACAUGUAUCUGACAUCUUCCUCUCCUUUCAUGAUUGGCAUUUUGGGAGAAUUAUUAAGUAGGCAGAUAAGCUACAAAAGUUGCUUUGGCAAAAGGGAAAACUUACCCCCAAUAAGGACUAAAUAUGUUUUUUUGGAAUUCUUCACAUGAAUAUAUUCUGACACAGAAUGAGAUGUUUUCAAGGCUUAAUAUUGUCUGAAUCUUUCCUUUUCAGGGCUGGUGGUCGUCUUUACCUUCAAACAAGAGGCUCUAAAUUUGUUAAAUUCCAAGAACUGAAAAUCCAAGAACACAGUGAUCAAGUUCCUGUGGGAAACAUCCCAAGGACUAUGACAGUCAUAGCAAAAGGUGAAACAACUCGUCUUGCAGUACCUGGGGAUCACAUCGCUGCUACAGGAGUGUUCCUCCCUAUGAUGAAGACUGGAUUUAGGCAGCUUACACAGGGAUUGUUAUCAGAAACAUUUCUAGAGGCUCAUGUAAGUUUCCCAAAAAUUUGCUUAUCUGGAAAGUUAUUGUUUUUCAAUCAAUUUGAAAUUCAAAACUGUUUGGGGUUUGAUUUUGGAGUCUCGCACUUAAGAAUUCUUUAACAUCUUUCCUGGUUUGUAUAUAUAGACAUGUAGUUUUAGGUAAAUGUGAACAAGUUAAUUGAUUGCAUUGUUUCUUUUCUUUGCUUUAGAGAAUUGUAAAAAUGAACAAGACAGAAGAUGAUGAACUGGGAAAUGAAGAACUAAGUGAUGAAGAAAUCAGGGCAUUGUCUGAAGGUUUGUUUCUUUUAUAUCAUGAUUAUUGAACAGUAGCACGGAGAAAAUAUAUUUUCUUUUGUUUGUUUGUCAAGGAUAACAUAGAUCAGCAUGAGUGCUAGUUGGUACAUAAAUACAUUUAUAGCUGAGCUUGCAGAGCAUAGCCCCAUAAUUAUACAAAAUAGUAGUAACCUAUCAAGCCGAAAAAAUUUGGAUGUAUGACCGCACGACGGUACAAGGUGCUACUUUUAACAUGGGUGGUCAACUGUACUGCAGGCACGCCAAUGCCACAGCUUUGUUCAGUAGUCCAGUAGUCAGUACACUGGCUCUGAGUCAAACGACCUGGGUUCUAGUCCUGGCUGGGGCAAGGCGUUGUGCCCCUGAGACAUGUGAGGAAAAAAAAAUGCGAGUUCUGCUUUUAGGCUUGGCUUAAUCUAUAUAUUCUGUAAGCACUUUUGAUUUAGAUGUGUAACACUGGCUAAUUAACCUUCUUACCACCAAGAUCAUGAUUAUUGAACAGCAGCACUGAGAAAGUGUAUUUUCUUUUGUUUGUUUGUCGAGGAUAAUGUAGAUCAACAUGAGUGCAAGUCAGGACAUAAAUACAUUUAUAUUUAAGCACUUUCAAUUAAAAUCUGCAAACACUGGCUAAUUAACUCUCUCACUACCAAGAUCUCAUUAGCACCUCCCUUUACUUCCUGCUGUCUAUUUCAUAUGAUUUCAGCCCCAAUAGUGUUAUGUAAAAUGAAAAAUAGCCCUCAUUCUUUCUUUUUGUUUCUCUUUCCAACACCUCUUUGCUGCACAAAUAUAUUGAUAUUGAAAGGAUAAAUUAGUGACUGCUCACUUGUGGGAACGAAAGUGUUAAUAAUGAAACAAGGGUGUAGGUCCCUAUCAAUUUUUCAAUGAUGAUGACGAUGACAACAAGGGCAAUUAGGGUGAUAAUGAUGACACUGCUACUCAAUGAAUGGGUGAUUCUUGACAGAUGAUUUUUUUUUUACAGAAGCGGACUUUUAUGAUAAGCUGGCCUCGUCACUUGCUCCCGAAAUUUAUGGCCAUGAAGACAUCAAAAAGGCAUUACUUCUGUUGUUGGUAGGAGGUGUAGAUUGUACUCCCCAAGGGAUGAAAAUAAGAGGUACAUUCCUUGUUCUUGCUGUGUGUCAGUAUAGUUUGUUUCUUUUCAAAAUUGUGGUCAAUUACUAUUCUUAACAAUUGAUUAAGUGGAAAUGAUUAUCUCUCUUCAUCCUUUAGGAAAUAUCAACAUUCUUUUAAUGGGUGACCCAGGCGUAGCAAAGAGUCAAAUGCUGGGAUACAUCGACAGGCUUGCACCUCGCAGUGAGUAAUUGAGCUUCAGAAUUAAUCUGCUAAGGGAACUAUUGAACUUGUUUAGCUCCUGCCUGUUGGAGUUUUUAACCUUGUUAUCUUUCUUUCUGAAAAAUGACAUUACAUCAAUUACUUUUCCAUUAGUACUUUAUUUAUUAUAUUGUUGAACUUAUUCUUAUUCAGGUCAGUACACCACAGGACGUGGAAGCUCAGGGGUUGGUCUUACUGCGGCAGUAAUGAAAGAUCCUCUGACAGGAGAAAUGAUUCUCGGUAUGUAAUACAUUUGUAACUUUGUGUCUGUACAGUCUACAAGCCGAAUGGCUCAUCAGCAUCAAAGAUGACCAUCCAUAGAACAAAGCCACCAAGAGGGAUCCCUGAUGGCUGUGAAACAAUUGUUUGUCACAGGUUUGCCCCCCAGUUUUCCUGCCUGAUAAUUCCCAUUACCAAUUUAUACUGCAUGGUGGAGAAACGCAGUGAGAUUACAGGAAAUUAGACUGGCCAAAUUUAAAAAAAAAAAAAAAACUGCUAUAUCUUAAGCUUGAAUCCAGGUUACUAGGAACAGACUAGAGUACCCUGACCUCUAGUACUUAAUUUCUUGUUAUUAUGAAUGCACAAAUUGCCAAAUAAUGAACACAAGAAUGAUGUGAGACUGAACAAUAUGCAGAUCACAGGUUACAUGACUAGUAUUCUUCAAUAAAAGUCCAUACUUAUCAUUUCAGAGGGAGGUGCACUAGUGCUGGCAGACAAGGGAGUUUGUUGUAUUGAUGAAUUUGACAAGAUGAUGGAUUCUGAUAGAACUGCAAUCCAUGAAGUUAUGGAACAGCAGACUGUCUCCAUUGCCAAGGUAAGAAGGACAAUGAUCUUUUGCUUUUUUUGACAAGUAUUUUUCAAUAAUUCUGCUAGCAAAAUUAUUUCAGGGGAAAUUUUGUGAUAUUUUUAGACCAUGAUGGCUCAUUGUGUAUUCACAAUUUUUUUAAAAAUAUUAUUUUGAUUUAAUGGUUCAUGUUAACAUCUUGUUUUGAAAGGCUGGAAUCAUGACAAGCCUGAAUGCACGAGUGUCUAUCCUGGCUGCUGCCAAUCCAGCAUAUGGACGGUAUAAUCCAAAGAAAUCUGCAGAACAGAAUAUUCAGCUCCCAGCAGCACUGUUAUCAAGAUUUGACUUGCUUUGGCUGAUUCAGGAUAAACCAGACAGAGAUAAUGACUUGAGGUGAGAGGUUGUCCACUCUGAUGGUCUUCACUGACCUCUAUGAUUGUGUUUUGCAUAAAUUUGAUCUUGCAGUGUGAUCACUCAGGUGAGUGUUCAGUCCUGAAAUUAUUGUUUCAAAUGACAGUGACAGUCACUUGUAACUCAGUUGUUUUCAGAACUUUCCUCACCCAAAUGAUUACACUACAUAGUUGAGUUCAGGCAGAUCAGUAGACCUCAGAGAAAAUAAUAAAUUGUAGAGCACAUGCUAGAAAACUGACAAAUAAUAAAUGCAUGCCUCCAAAGCACUCAUCAGAGAUGCAUGAUCUUAAUGCCUUAGAAUCAUCUGGCUGAAUUUUUUUUUUUUUACUCUGCAGAUUGGCACAGCACAUUACAUAUGUCCAUCAGCACAGCUCACACCCUCCAAUGCAGUUUACAUCUUUGGACAUGAACCUUAUGAGGUAUGGUAUACAAAAGUGUUUCUCCUAAUUCCUCUUCACACUGAUGCUGUUUUGUUUGAAAAAAUCUACUUAUACAUGUACCUUUGAAGAUUUUAAUAAAAACUAAGCAUUGAAAAUAAAGCUUUUGAAAGAACAAUUGAUUUUAGAAUUUUGAAAAUGUUCAAGUUUUUUUGCUUAAUGAAUUAAAGAAAAUAUCUCAAAAUGCUGUCAUACAGUGUCUAACACAGUGGCAUGUGUUGCAAAGGUCUUUGUGUAUUGGUGAAAGGAGUGGUUUUCCAAUACAUUUACAAUUGAAAACAGUGUGAUUGCAUAACCCAUCAGGACUGAAUGCAGGUGCACUUUUUUCCCACAUUAAGUCAUUACAAUUUUUUCCUCCACAGGCGUUAUAUAGCUGCAUGCAAGGAAAAACAACCUCUGAUUCCUGAGACACUUACAGAUUACAUUGUCAGUGCUUAUGUGGAAAUGAGAAAGGAGGCCAGGACCAACAGAGACACAACUUUCACCUCAGCAAGAACACUUCUGGCCGUUCUGCGUCUUGCAACUGCCUUGGUUAGUACAUGCACUACUUACUGUCGUUUUGCUUUAAAUUCCUUGCUGAAGAGUUAUUGGACAGCUUAUAAAGAAGAAACCUUACAUAUGUCUCAAUUAAAAUGCUAAACCAAGGUGAUGAUCCUACACAGAGACAAGCCAAAAAUCUCCAACCUUGUUAUACAUGUAAUGCUUAAUUCACAUUGGACUAACAAAUUGGAAUAAACAAAAGGAAAAGUCAAACAGAUGGUGGACACAAGGGUACAGUUUUGAGAUAAGGAAAGUGGGAAAGGUUCAAUGAUCAGUUUUAUCUUCCUUUUUGUUCUGUUCAAGGUUUUAGUCCUCUCUGUGAAUUCCCAUUGGGAUGGCACAAAGAAACUGUGUGAGGAGUGCAUCUGGAUUAUCUCAGACCUUUGCACUUGAGAUAGUAUGUUUGAAUGAGUUAUGGGGACACAUUCACAUACAAAUGGUGUACAUUCUGCAUGUUGGCCCCUCUGUUUGUAGUUUCAAUGCAAUGUUUCUGUUAUGUGUCUAUAGGCUCGUCUCCGUUUGGCAGAUGUGGUGGAGAAGGAAGAUGUGAAUGAAGCUAUGAGACUUAUGGAGAUGUCAAAGGCUUCCUUAAUUGAAGAUGAAACAAAAACAAGGUAAGAAAAUCCACCUGACACAAAGAUCAUACAGAAGCUAUGAAGACAAAAAUCAGCCCAUUUCUUUGCAUGACAUUUUUCUAAACCUUUUGAACCCAAAUUGUAAUUACAUGUAGCAAAUUAUUUCUCCCUACAGCAUUUCUGCUGAAUUGAACAGUAUAGAGAAAAUUAAUACUGAUGUUAGGGUGUAAAGGGUUAAGUCUCAGGAAUAGUAUCAACAACAUUUCUGCUGAAUUGAACAUUAAUGAAAUGAGAUUAAGGAAAAUGAUGACAACUUAAGAAGCUUGUGAUUGUCAGACAAAUUCUCCUUGCUAGCAUCUUAGGAAAUGUAAAGAGAACAGUAUAGAGAAAAUGGAUACUGAUGCUAGGGUGUAAAGGGUUAAGUCCCAGGAAUAGUAUCAUGGAGAUUGGGAUUGUGCAGAUGGUGAAAGCACCAGAGAAUUUAUUUUCCAUGGUAGAUGGGGCUAUAACCCUGCCAGAAGCUAACUUGAUUGCUUUAAACUUUCAACUCCCAUGAGUGACCAAGACAGAAUUUAUCCUUACAAUAUCAAUGCAAUAUCCAGCGGAUAAUUGAUGAGAACUGGAGAAAAAUUUCAAUAAGGGAAUUAUUAGUUGAUCCUAUACAAAAUUAUCAGAAAUAACAUCAUGAAAAUUGUGUGGCAGACAGCAAAGAGAAUUAUGAAUGAGAUCUAGGAAAAGAGUAAAAGGGUUAAAAGCUCAUUCCUUUACACCUAUUUGGUUCCCUGGAUAUAAGUUGUUUAAUUAAGUAAGCAUUGGAUCUGUGAAGUGUGGUUGAAAAGUUCUACUUUUAACUGAACCAUUGUAUUUGUUCUUUGCCAGAACUGUAAACCCAGUUGAUGCAAUUUAUGGAAUUGUAAAAGAAAUGGCUGGAGAUGCUAGCAGUGUAAAGUAAGUCAUUUGAAUAUUAUUUGAAUAAAGUGAUUAGAACUAAACUACUAUUCCACAAUUGAUCAAACAAAUUUCUGUGUUGAAACUUUAUAAAUGUGUUGUCGAUAUAUUUCGAAAAAGUGUUUUUAGGUGUCGAGUUUUGAAUGUUUUUCGUGCAAAAAGACAAACACGAUACGUUUUGAUGUCAAUGAGUUAGGAACGGAACACAUCUAACACGUCGCUGAAAAAUUGAGGGAUUUAAUCUUAAGACUACUUUAUUCUAGUUUAUCUUUUAUAUAUGGUGGGUUGAAUUGAUGGAAAUAAUGCCGAUGAGCUACAUGAUAAUUUUUUUACACGAUUAAUGCCUUUUUUUCACCUUAGACUUCCUGACGCACAGCAGCGAUGUUUGACAAAGGGCUUUACGCCAGAUCAAUUUGAUGCCUGUCUUGGGGAGUACGAGGACUUGAAUGUUUGGCAAAUCAACUCCAAUAGGACAAAGAUUACUUUUGUUCAGUGAGAAAGGAUAAAUAGUCCAUAGAGUAGGAGUGAAACAUGUGAAAGGGCACUGUUCUUGAAUUAUUUGAGACAUUUUUUACUCCGUUGGCCUUCACCGUUGUACUCAUUGCUUUUUUUUCAAUGUGUCUUGCAGUUUUGAAAUGUUUUACUUUAAUUUUAGGUACAAAAUAACUUUUUUUUUUCACUUGUAAAUAUUCUCUAACUCAGGUCUCACAUUUGUAAAUUUCUAAGACGCUAAUUUUUCAUAAACUUGACAAGAUAGACAUUUUGUUUGUUAUUUCCUCG